AUGCCUGGAAUUAUGAGCCAAAUGCCACCUAUUCCUGUGUUCUUAAAGGAGGACCUUGCAAGCAGUGUAUUUCUACGUUCAUCUCAGCAGCUACGGGAUUAUUAUUAUCCUCGCCAAUUGGGGUUGUGCAGUUUUACAUGCAACAGAAAUCGGAAGAGAAGUCCAUGGUCGCCUGUUCGAAAAUUUCCUUCCUCCACGAUGAGGCUUUUGAAAUUCAAGUUCUUGGGUGUCUGUGCGUUUUCUUCGUCGUCCUUGCCAAUUACCAAUAAUAAUAAUGAUGAAUCCUCUGGACUCCCAUUCAUUCACAGUGAUGCAUCUCAGCCUCCUCUUCUUUCUGAUUGUUUAACCCCAGCUGAAAACGAUGGAAGUCCAUCUCAAGGAAUAUCAUCUUUGGCAGGAGGAAUAGUAGCACUGGGAAAGUUUGAUGCCCUGCAUAUUGGUCAUAGGGAGCUCGCAAUUCAAGCUGCAAAGAUUGGAGUUCCAUUUCUAUUGUCCUUCGUUGGAAUGGCUGAGAUACUUGGGUGGGAAGCCAGGCCUCCUGUAGUUGCCAAAUGUGAUCGGAAGCGAAUUCUCUCAUCUUGGGCCCCACUAUGUUCUAAUAUUACACCCAAGGAAUUUCAGAUUGAGUUCUCGAAAGUUCGGUAUCUUUCUCCACGCCAAUUUGUUGAGAAAUUAUCAGACGAGCUUGGAGUUGGUGGGGUUGUGGCAGGUGAGAACUACCGGUUCGGGUAUAAAGCUGCUGGCGACUCGUCUGAUUUGAUUCGAUUGUGCGAUGAAUAUGGCAUGAAAGCCUCUAUAGUAGAUUCAGUCAUGGAUAAAAAGCAAGAGCAUUCCAAGGAGAUUGAUCAUCAUCAUCAUAACGGAACAAUUAACGAGCGAGGCCAAGUAUCAUCCACUCGAGUUCGCCUUGCGCUUGCCGAUGGUGACAUGAAUUACGUGUCACAACUGUUGGGCCGCAAUCAUCGCCUUAUGAUGAUGGUUAAAAAUGAGGAAAAUCUUUUACGAGAUGGUAAAAAGUUGUCGGCUUCUAGGUCGUGUUUGUUGAAUCUUCCACCCAAAGAAGACUCUCCUUCACAAGUUAGAAUAGGAACUCAAGACCAUCUCCAGGCAAAACCAUACCGGUCUACACAGACCAGUGGCAUUGUGGGCCUCGAUGACAAUUUGCUCCCGGGCUUUGAGGGAAUCCAGCCUGCUAAUCUUUGGAUGGCAAAGCUGUCUCAAAUACCAUUGAAAUGCCCUCUUAGAGUUAAAUUUGGUGGGCCAUAUAAUACACUGAUUAUUUGUGGCCGUGCCUGA